UGAAUACGAGUUAAUCUCUUUUAAUUGUGAGUUUGGUGGCUCAGCUGAAUGGAGAGUGAUGAGGACACUCCGGGAAAUCACCCCAACAAACAUUUCUAAUUGGGAAACAUCAGCUGGAUCUGGCACCAUCACUCCGGCCUUUUCAUCAGACAGUGGAGAAUACUGGUGUGAAGAUGGAGAUGGACGUAGAAGCAAUGCUCUCAACAUCUCAGUCACUGCUGGUUCUGUAAUCUUGGAGAGUCCUGUCCAUGUGACUGAGGGAGACCAUGUGACUCUGAAAUGUCAAAAGAAGAAAGAUUCAGGUCAUCUCAUCGCUGAGUACUAUAAAGAUGGCCACCGCAUGAAGACUAUCUAUGAAGGAGACAUGACCAUCUCCAAUGUCUCUGCAUCAGAUGAAGGCCUCUACAAGUGUAACAUAUCCGGAGCUGGAGAGUCACCGGAGAGCUGGCUGGCUGUCAGAGAUCUUUCAGAACCGUGCAAGGACAGUCCUUCCUCCGGUAGUAGCUCCCUGAAUUUCCUCGCCCCGCUGUGGAUUGUUGUCACUUUUUUACUUCUGUCCCUGCUGCUGUCGGGAGUGGCAUUAUACAGGAAACACAAAAGUUCACAGGGAAAAACUAAACAAAACACCACCACAGCUGACCAGCUUGGUCCACAGAAUGCAACAUAUGCUGUCGUCAAAAAAAGAAGGGGGGAAGAUGGUGACAACGUGGUUGAUCCGCAGGACAUGACAUACGCCACUGUCAGAAAAUCAAGGGAUAAAAAAAACACAAGAGAUUUUGUUGAUCAACAAGAUGUAACAUACUCGACUCUGAAAAUGAUAGAACCAAGAGUGUCUAAAGCAAGUGCCAAGCAAUGUCUACCAGAAGGGAGUGCUGUCUACUCUACACUGACCUUUGCAGCAGGAAACGUGUCCACUGAGAACAGAGACACCUGACUGAAUGAAAGAGGAAGACAGCACGUAGUCACGUUCAGUGAAGUUACUAAGACAGAGUCCAUUCCUGUUUUCUCAUACUGUUGUAAAAUGUUUUGACUUAAAAAUGUGUCUGUGCAUUAUUAAUGCCUCCAUGAUCUCCCCUUUGCUAAUAUAGUAUUUCUAAAGAGCAGUGAGGUCAAUUACAUUUUCUUUAGAUUAAAAAAAAUGUCAUGUAGUGUUAGUAAAUGUCAACAAUGCAUAAGAGCUAGUUUGGAGGCAUUUUGGUGAAUACUCAGCUAUUGUUGUAGUGUGUCUAUGAUUCCAUGUCAUUGUUUGGUCAUGUGUUUCGCUUAAAGGUUCUUAGGUGUUCCCCCACAGACGAUUGUUUUAGACCUUGUGUGUAAACUACUAAAUACGUUUUGGGUUUUUAUGACUUUAAGCAAAGAAGAAGUAGAAAAGGAAAGCUGGACGUUCAGGACUCAGUCAUGCUCACACUGGUUUAAAUGUGUCAUUGUGGGGGCAUACUGUACAAGUCUGGAUUUUUCCUUUCAGUAAUGUACAGCAAAGGCAAAUCUUUGUGAUGACUUGAUGAAGUGUAGA